AUAUGAAAAAGAAAGAAAGAUUAGGAAAAAAAUUGAAUGAAACUUUACAAGAUCCAGCUAAUGACAUUUGGUUGAGGGAUUUGGAUGAAUUGGAAAAAGAAUUGGAAAAAGGUUUGGAAAAAUAUGAUAAUGAUGGUGAUGAAAAUAAUCUACCUCCUGAUGAAACAUUAAACAAAAAAACCAAUAGUAAAAGAAAAUGUUUAUAG